CGGGCUAUAUCCCAUUCACCACGUUCUUAUCCGUGGUGAAAUGGAAGACGAGGAAGAACGACUCGGAAUGUUGAGAAGUCUUAUAGAAGCCGGGGCUGACAUUAAUCAGAAAACAGUAAACAGCGAGAGCACAGCUUUGCAUGUAACAGCAACAAAAAACCAACACGAAGAGGCCCAGGUCCUGCUAGAUACACAUAAAUGUGAUUAUAAUGCUAAAAAUAAGCAUGACAAGACAGCGUACGAUGUAGCGGAGGAAGAGGAGUGUCAGGAAGUAAUGGACGUCAUAGAAAACCACAGACGUAAUGUCCGCCAAAGAAUGCAGAAGGCGGCCAAAGCAUCAACUUGUACAAUACUUUAAUAACUGCAUUUCAAUAAACGAUGUUCAUAAGAAAAAUACGGCAUUUAUCGACAGUCUAGUGGAUAGUAGUUUUACACGUAAUAGAUAUCAGUUCACCUUCAAUGUGACCAGAAUACAAAUCGUUGUUGUCAACUUGACAUUAUUUUGCAAAGAACUAUUUUGACACUUGAAAUUCGAAAUUGGCCUAAUUAAAAUGAAUUUUGAUGAGUGAUAUUCUUUAAACAAGUCAAAGGUCAAAUAUUUCUAUACAAGAGGUAAAGUUUGCUUAAGUAAGUCAUAUUUUUUGAUGUGCUUAAAUAAGUCAUAUUAUUUAAUAUGCGGAAGUAAGUCAUAUUAUUUGAUAUGCGGAAGUAAGUCAUAUUAUUUGAUAUGCGGAAGUAAGUCAUAUUAUUAAAUAUGCUUCAGUAAGCCAUGUUAAGGAUUAUACUUAAAUUAUUCAAAAUAUUGGAUAUGCUUUAGUAAGUCAUAAUAUUGGAUAUGCUUUAGUAAGUCAUAAUAUUAGCUAUGCUUUAGUAAGUCAUAAUUAAUAUUGAAUCUAUGCUAAAGGAAGUUAUAUCAUUGAAUAUGCUUAGUAAAACAAGACGUUGUUUGAAACUUGUUUUUUAGCAAAUUAUGUAAGAAAUGGCUGGUCCGUUACUGAUUUUAUUUUAUUUUUCUCUGCUUACUAAUAAUAUACAUGCACUACUAUUUGUAUCAUAAAUGAAAGAGGUGAGAUGGAAGGAUGGGAGAAAGAGCGACAGUACAAGUGUCGGUUACGUUAUGCUGACCCAUAGGAUCAAACGGUGCCGUGUCAUUUUAUUGAAUGUUUACAUAUGUGAAACACUUUCAAACGAUAUUAAACCAUAACUUUUACAAUUAAAAAGAAAAACUUUUUGUUGUUAAGUACCCUUCCUGUUUGGUGUCGGAUGGUU